AGUGUCUUUUGAGAGGUGCGGACCAUCUGGCCUUGGGGAGCGAUCAAGAUGCCUUUGGCAAGAGAUUUACUACAUCCGUCCUUGGAAGAGGAAAAGAAAAAACAUAAAAAGAAACGGCUAGUUCAAAGUCCAAACUCUUAUUUUAUGGAUGUAAAAUGUCCGGGUUGCUACAAGAUUACCACAGUUUUCAGCCAUGCUCAGACAGUGGUUCUUUGUGUGGGUUGUUCAACAGUCUUGUGCCAACCUACAGGAGGAAAGGCCAGACUUACAGAAGGGUGUUCAUUUAGAAGAAAGCAACAUUAAUGAUCUACACAACUUUCUGAAUUUGUGUUAUCUCACAGGAAGCCUUAUCAUAAGUUCAGUAAUUCUAGUUAAUCUACCAAGAGAAUGAAAUUUGGUUUUAUAAGGAAUACAACAGCAAUCUCCUAUUUUGAUGUCAAUUUUUCAAUAAAGUUUUGAUUGUGGGCAAAAAAAAAAAAAA